AUGCCUGCGAAUACCUGUGUAAUCGUCACCCCUGACCGGGAAAUAGCCUCGGCACCACAUUCCAGAUCAUGUAGCUUUCGGAACAGACCGAAACCCAAAAAUUUGGAAUUGGCAAAGGGUCGACCAAGGACGAAUAGUAUGCCUAAUUGUCAGACUCUACAAGUUCCAGGAAUGGAAGGAUUUGAUAACACUGACGACUCAAAGUUAUGCCGAGUUCGAUCAUUUAAAACAACGUCCAAAGGUGUCGUAAAUCGCGGCGAUUCAUUCAAAAAAAGUAAUCAAAGUUUGAAAUCAACCGGUAGUACCAGACGUGACAAGGAAAAGCGAUUUCGUAGCCCAAGUGAAACGUCAAAUAACUCUCAUAGCACAAACAGUUCUUCACAAAUCAGUUAUUUCAAGGUGGCCAUUAUUGGAGGGGCAGACUCCGGAAAAACGACCUUAACUAGCCAACUUUUAACAUCAGAACAUAUGGGUUAUGAAGUAGCAACACCUGAUGGCGAAGAUAAUGAAACAUCAAUUUCAGUAUUAUUAGAUGGUGAAGAGUCCAUGAUGGAAUUUAUAGACGAUCCGAAGUUUGCCGAGUACUUAGAAAUCAAAGCGGAUGCUUUUGUUGUGGUAUUUUCUAUCAUUGACCAUCCAUCAUUUGUAGCCGCAGCCAACCUGGUCCGUCAUUUACGAGUGACCUUGGGCACAGAUCGAGUCAUCAUGCUUGUGGCUAAUAAGACGGAUUUAGUGCGACAAAGAAAAGUAUCUGCUAAUGAAGCUCGAGUGAUUGCCAUGAAGUACGAUUGUAAAUAUCUGGAAACGUCAGCAGCAUUGAACCAUUAUAUCGAUGAACUAUUGGUUGGCUGUCUCAGUCAAAUCCGUAUCAAACUCAGCCUUCCAGCCAAUUCCAGAUCCUCACAUUCAGCAAGCAAAAAGCCGUCCUCGCCAAGAAAAGCAUUUUCCUUUCUAAGCCGAUUAUUCAAACGAAAUGGAAGAAAAACAAUGUCAUGUGAUAAUCUUUAUAAUUCUUAA